GCGGCCCCUUCCCCCGCCCCGAGCUGUGUCCUUGCGCCCCCGGCCCGCCGGAACCGAGGAACUCGCUUCCCCGCCUCCUCCGCGCGUCCGCGCCGGCCGGUAGCCCCUGCUCGCUCCCGGAAGGCGUCGGGGAAGGGCCUCCCCGCGAACUGUGGCUGCGGGGCGCUCGCUUCCCACCCGGGCUGCGUUGGGGCCGCAGCGGUUUCGUGCUCGACCACUUUGGAGGGACCGCUGCGCCGCGGACGCUGUGGGGGGUGGGGGCGGACGGGCUUGCUCCGAGCCUCACGGUGCCUCCUCGUGGCCCAGGUCGGCCUGGGCCUCGGACCUCGGGCCGGUGGAGGGGAGGGGGGCACGCUACCCAAACGCUCUCCUGAGGACCGUGUGGAAGCCGAAUUCGUUCUGAGCUCCUCUGAUGGACCUGCCGGACUCACAUACCGCACCACUGUAGUUCUUGAACUUCUCGGGGUUAUACACCGUCUCUCCAGCAAAAUCUGUAUGACUUUGACUUUCAAGAUCCUCUUCCCAUCAGCCCUCCGCGCACUGGGGCGAAAAGAACUGAGCCUGUUCCGAGAGCAACAUCACUGGCCUGACAGAAGACAAUUCAGCCAUUGGUUAGAAACAGAUCUGCUUGAUGGGCCCUGCCUCCUGCAGAGAAGAAAGCCUGCUCUGUCAUUCCAGGAAGGCCAUCUAAGACCACGUGCCACCUGCCUUGUUUUCUUGCCAGGGGCGCAUGUGGGACUCUGCAGUGGCCCCUGUGAGAUGGCCGAGCAACGAUUCUGUGUGGACUAUGCCAAGCGUGGCACAGCCGGCUGCAAAAAGUGCAAGGAAAAGAUUGUGAAGGGGGUAUGCAGGAUCGGCAAAGUGGUGCCCAAUCCCUUCUCAGAGUCCGGGGGCGAUAUGAAAGAGUGGUAUCACAUUAAAUGCAUGUUUGAGAAACUGGAGCGGGCUCGGGCCACCACAAAAAAAAUUGAGGACCUCACAGAGCUGGAAGGCUGGGAAGAGCUGGAAGACAAUGAGAAGGAACAGAUAAGCCAGCACAUUGCAGAUCUGUCUUCUAAGGCCACAGGCACACCAAAGAAGAAAGCCGUCGUCCAGGCUAAGCUGACAGCCACUGGCCAGGUGACCUCUCCAGUGAAAGGUGCCUCACUCGUCACCAAUAGCAAUCCCCGGAAAUUUUCUGGUUUUUCAGCCAAGCCCAACAACUCUGGGGCAGCCCGUGCAAGCCCUCCCCCUAAGGCAAGUCUGUCCUCAAGCAGAUGUGACCCCAAGCACAAGGAUUGUCUGCUACGAGAGUUUCGGAAGUUGUGUGCCAUGGUGGCUGAGAAUCCUAGCUACAACACGAAGACCCAGAUCAUCCAGGACUUUCUUCGGAAAGGUUCAGCAGGAGAUGGUUUCCACGGUGACGUGUACCUAACAGUGAAGUUGCUGCUGCCGGGUGUUAUUAAGAGUGUUUACAACUUGAACGAUAAGCAGAUUGUGAAGCUUUUCAGCCGCAUUUUUAACUGCAACCCAGAUGAUAUGGCACGAGACCUAGAGCAGGGCGACGUGUCAGAGACAAUCAGAGUCUUCUUUGAGCAGAGCAAGUCUUUCCCCCCAGCUGCCAAGAGCCUCCUUACCAUCCAGGAGGUGGACGAGUUUCUCCUUCGGCUCUCCAGGCUCACCAGGGAGGAGGAGCAGCAGCAGGCCCUGCAGGACAUCGCCUCCAGGUGUACAGCCAAUGACCUCAAGUGCAUCAUCAGAUUGAUCAAACAUGAUCUGAAAAUGAACUCGGGUGCAAAGCACGUGUUAGAUGCCCUUGACCCCAAUGCCUAUGAAGCCUUCAAAGCCUCACGCAACCUGCAGGACGUGGUGGAGAGGGUCCUCCGCAAUGAGCAGGAGGUGGAGAAGGAGCCAGGCCGGAGACGAGCUCUGAGCGUCCAGGCUUCCCUGAUGACACCAGUGCAGCCCAUGCUGGCUGAGGCCUGCAAGUCCAUCGAACACGCGAUGAAGAAGUGUCCUAAUGGCAUGUUUUCUGAGAUCAAGUACGAUGGGGAGCGAGUGCAGGUGCAUAAGAACGGGGACCACUUCAACUACUUCAGCCGCAGCCUCAAGCCUGUCCUGCCUCACAAGGUGGCCCACUUCAAGGACUACAUCCCUCAGGCUUUUCCUGGAGGCCACAGCAUGAUCCUGGACUCCGAGGUGCUCUUGAUCGACACGAAGACAGGCAAACCGCUGCCCUUUGGGACUCUUGGAGUGCACAAGAAAGCUGCCUUCCAGGAUGCUAAUGUUUGCCUGUUUGUUUUUGAUUGUAUCUACUUCAAUGAUGUCAGCCUGAUGGACAGGCCUCUGUGUGAGCGGCGGAAGUUUCUUCAUGAUAACAUGGUUGAAAUUCCCAACCGGAUCAUGUUCUCAGAAAUGAAGCAAGUCACUAAAGCUGCAGACUUGGCUGACAUGAUCAACCGGGUCAUCCGAGAGGGGCUGGAAGGGCUGGUGCUGAAGGAUGUGAAGGGUACAUAUGAGCCUGGAAAGCGGCACUGGCUGAAAGUGAAGAAAGACUAUUUGAACGAGGGGGCCAUGGCUGACACAGCUGACCUGGUGGUCCUUGGGGCCUUCUAUGGGCAAGGGAGCAAAGGUGGCAUGAUGUCCAUCUUUCUCAUGGGCUGCUAUGACCCAAGCAGCCAGAAGUGGUGCACGGUCACCAAGUGUGCAGGGGGCCAUGAUGACGCAACCCUUGCCCGCCUGCAGAAGGAACUAGACAUGGUGAAGAUCAGCAAGGAUCCCAGCAAGAUACCCAGCUGGCUGAAAAUCAACAAGAUCUACUAUCCUGACUUUAUAGUCCCAGACCCAAAGAAAGCUGCCGUGUGGGAGAUAACAGGGGCUGAGUUCUCCAAGUCUGAGGCUCACACUGCCGACGGGAUCUCCAUCCGAUUCCCACGUUGCACCCGCAUCCGUGAUGAUAAGGACUGGAAAUCUGCCACUAACCUCCCCCAGCUCAAGGAACUGUACCAGCUCUCCAAGGAGAGAGCGGACUUCACGGUGGCGGCCGGAGAGGAGGGGAGCUCCACCACAGGGGGCAGCAGCGGAGAGAACCAGGGUACCUUGGGGCCUGCGGCGGCUCACAAGGCCUCCAGGGCCUCCCCGAAGCAGCCCUCCACCAGUGCCAAGAAGGCAGGAGGAAGGCCGAGUAGCCCCAACAGCAGAGGCGGCCACCAGCGGACUGUGAAAGUGGGGCAGAAGCGGAAGGCUCCUGAUGAGACCGCGUGCCCAGCAAAGGUGCUGCUGGACAUCUUCACUGGGGUGCGGCUCUACCUGCCACCCUCCACACCAGACUUCAGCCGUCUCAGACGCUACUUUGUGGCAUUCGAUGGGGACCUGGUGCAGGAAUUUGACAUGGCCUCAGCCACACAUGUGCUGGGUAGCAGGGACAAGAACCCUGAGGCCCAGCAGGUCUCCCCGGAGUGGAUUUGGGCCUGUAUCCGGAAACGAAGGCUGGUGGCCCCCUGCUAGAACUGCGGCCCUCCCUCGCCUUUGGCCACACACGUUCUGCUUCAUUUGGGGGUGGGCCUGGGCCAGCAGGCAAAGGCAAGAACACAGUGGUGGGGCCUGGGGGGGGGGGGUGGGGGGGGGUGGGGAGACGGCCUUUCUUCUCCAAGCAGUACGUCUUCCAGAACCUACCAGCCAUGGUCUCUUCCCAGCCAGGAAUUCAUGGCUGUGGGUGCCGCUGGGGAAGUCUGUCUCCUGCUGGUUUACAUACUUCUUUCCGACCUGGGUGCUGGUUUGGUUGUAUUUGUUUUCUUUUAAAAGUUUGUUUUUUUUUUUCCCCCCUAUAAAUAAAAUACCUUCCAGUUACCCCAUUCUUCACCCCUUCUCCCCCGUAGGCCCCCUAGUGGUCAGGCACGGAGUGACACUGAGCUGUUGAAGCUCAGAGCACAGCCACCUGCCCCUUCACUUGCAGGCUCGUUUUAAAGUUGUAUUUAAAAGACUGCUCUCAGAAAUGUUCUUAUUAUUUGGCAAGACUUGUAUUCAGCCUGGCCCUUUUUGCCAGGAAUGUAGCCUCCUUUGAAAGAAAACAAAAUGAAUUUUAUGACUUAA